AUGAAUUUCGAUAUAGUGUUUUUAUUGGUUUCAAUUUUAGUAAUGGGAGGAAGUUAUUAUUUAUUAUUUGUAAAGAAAAAAGAGAAAACAUAACCUUUAGUUUAAUAAGAUUAGCAAUAAGCAUAAUAAUAAUAAUAAUAAGGAUAAGAAUAGGAAUAAUAAUAAAAUUAAUAAAGAAGAUAGUUAAAUAGAGUUGAUGUAGAAUCAGAUGAUGAAUCUGAUAGAGAAUUAGAUAUUUAGAAUGCAGAAUAAUAAGCUAAAAGAGAAGCAAGAAAAUAAAGGAAACAAUAGAAUUAAUAAUACAUUCGAUAAUAAAUAGAGAUGUAAGAAAAGAAAAAUGAAAAAAGAAGUAAGGAAUAUGAGUAAAAAGAAAGAUUAAGAGAAAAAUAGGAAAAAGAGGAAGAGGAAUGGAAAAAGAAAAUUGAAGCAGAAUAAAAAUAGAAAGAAUAAGAAGAAUUUGAUAAAUGGAGUGUAAAUAAUAGAAUUGAUUAAAAUAAUAGAGUAUGUUUUAAGUAGAAUAAAGUGGAACAAUGAAAUUAUCUAUAGAAGAAGAGGAAUUAAGAAAUAAAGAAUUUAAUGAAAAACUAGGAAAUUAUAUAAAAUUAAGAAAAGUAGUUUAAUUAGAAGAAGUUGGUGCAGAGAUGGGUAUAACUACAAGUGAGAUAGUGGAUAAAAUAAAAUAAUUAGAAAUUUUAGGAUAAUUAAAUGGUUUAAUAGAUGAAAGAGGUAAAUAUAUUCAUAUUAGAUAAAAGGAAAUAGAGGUAUAUUAUAUAUUUUAAAGAUUAUAGAGUUUAAUAAAUUAUAUAAAUGCAAGAGGGAGAAUGAAUAGAAGUGAAUUAUUAAAUGAGAGUAAUAGAAUAAUUAGAUUAGAGCCAUCAAAGGAAGAUUUAAAGAAGAUUUAUGAGGAAGAAUAGAAAUUGUUAAGCGAUUUAUAAUAGGAAUUACAACAAUGA